AUGUCAGGAACUGCCACUUUCACUUUUAUUCGCCAUGCUGAAUCGACGGACAACGUCAAAUCAGUCUGGGCUGGUUGGUCGGACGCUCCCCUGAGCAAUCAUGGUAUGUGUGGCCCCUCCGAAUUAACAAAACCAGCAAUACCCACACGGUUUAGGCAUGAAUCUGCAAUUUUCCAGCAAGCUCGAGCACUGGUAACGUCUUUAAGCAUGACAACAUUCAAUGCUAUACUGGCGUCGCCUCUCAAACGAGCACAUAUGACCGCUCUGGAACUAGAAAAGUGUCAAACAACAUCGCAGCCACUCCUUAUAUCCCCGCUGUUGAAAGAAAGACACUUCGGUGUUGCCGAGGGCAAGCCAUCUUUUUGGAAGCGGGACUUGAAUCGUUCUCUGGAUGACCAUGUCAGUGAUGGGAUAUAUCCAAGCCUGAACGGUAGGAAUGAGAGGUUCCCUGAGGGAGAAAGCCUGGAUGAUGUACGCAAUCGAGCAAUCCAGGCUUGGGAAAAUAUGCUACUGAACUAUGUUCAUGAGGCUUGCGAGAACCACACGCAUCUGCAUAUCGCUGUUGUGAGCCAUGGACUUUUUAUCAGAGAAGCACUCCAAGCACUCACUCGGUACGACAAUGCUUUGGAUUUGACGACAAUAAACGGCCAGUGGCUUCGAAAUACGGGAUGGGCCCGAGUCGUUCUCCAGGUAAAGGGCAAUGUGGACCAGCAGGAGUGGGCAAAACACUUGCAAGUCGAAUUAACGCAUUUCAACGAGUGCGCGCAUCUGAAUACAAUGAAACGACAAAGGGGCAUUGGCAGUACCGCCUACGAUAGCAGACAGAAAGAUAUUCGCAACUUUUUCACGAAUCGAAAGCCUAAUGAGCAAUGA